CUUCACUGGUCAAAACGGCGCGCAACGCGAGACGGACACAAGCUACCUCUGGACUGGGAGGCUCUGUGCAUGAAGGCCUUCUUGCGCCUUGUUCAUGACGUCAAGGAGUACAACGUGCCUUCAGAGCUCUACAUCAAUACAGAUCAGACGAAUAUGAUCUAUGCGCAGGGGACGAAGCUCACCUGGACGCCGACUGGAAGCAAACAGGUCGGUGUUGUCGGAACCGAGGAGAAGCGUGCUGUGACACUCUGUGUCUCGGUCGCAAACAGCGGUGUCUUGCUGCCGUUCCAGGCGGUCUACCAGGGCGAAACCUAUUGCUCCACCCCCACCGCGACAGCGCCGCACUACAAGGACACUGUGAAUGCCGGGAUGCACUAUGAGUAUGGCUCAAAGAAGACGUACUGGUUGACACAACGUACCAUGCAACGUCUUGUCGACACCAUCAUUGUACCCUACCUCGAGGAGCAGAAGAAGAAGCUCCCCAAUCUCCCUCCUAAUCAAAAGUCGAUCUGGCAGAUAGACGUGUGGUCAGUACACCGGUCCAAGGAGUUCAGAGACUGGAUGAAGGAGCAUCACACGGAUAUCCUUCUGCAUUUCGUACCUGCGGGGUGCACA